GAGUAGAAUCGAAUUACUCUCACUCGACCCCCGUCUCUUCUUCAGGUCCCCACGAGCCCCCUGCUUCACCCACGGGAUAUAUAAAGGCCCCGGUGCACCUACCACAGAGUCACAGAACCUCGCGGCAUCGCAGAAGCCGACAUGAAUCCUCUGAUCGCGUGUAUGGUAGUCGGCCUAGCCAGCCUGGCCGUGGCAGAGCCUCCAGUUUCCUCGGGCUACAACUACAACAGACCCAGCUUUGGCGGUAGCUCGAGCAUUGGCGGGUUCUCCGGCGGCGGUGGCGGUGGCGGUGGUGGAUACACUCAGGUCUCAGCUGGUUAUCAGACCAACGAGGGUGCCUCCGUGGACGGUGCGCUCUUGGAACAGAUCAGACAAAUUCUCCUCAAGGAAGAACUCCAGGCCCAGCAGAGCGGUGGAUUCGGAGGAUCUGGAUACGCACCAAGCUCCAGCUACGGUGCCCCAUCAUCGCAGUACGGAGUACCAAGCUCGUCUUAUGGUGUUCCUGGAUACCAGACAAGAGUCGUUGGAAUCGACCUCGAGGGCAUUCGUCAGGCCAUCCAAGUCGCUCAAUUCAAUCAGAUCAGCCAAGGACCUGGUGGCUACCCGAGUGGACCCAGUGGCGGCUACCCGAGUGGACCCAGUGGUGGCUAUCCUAGUGGACCCAGUGGAAGCUAUGGUGCACCUAGCAAGCCCUCCGGCAGCUACGGUGCUCCGUUCUAAACAGUAGAGAGGUGUCCGGGCACUAGGUGGACCUUAGCCUCGAUCCCCUCCCGAUGACCAAGGACCAACCUUAAGGGUCCCAUCGAGAGAGGAUCUCUGGAUGAGGAUCGGAUAUGCCCUGAACUGGCCUGUCGCAGAUCAGACAGUCGUAGCUGGGGCAGGCCAGGGCCGGUCAGUGUGCCGAGAGCGCGAGGUCGUACCGACUGCUGGAGGAAAGUGUCGGAAGGAUGAGACGAAGGGAUUUUCUAUAUUUUCUCCUAUCAAGAGCUAGAGUCGAGGAUAUCAAUGGAUCAGCCAUUGAGUAUGGUGGGUUGAUGGAAGGAGAGCCAAGAGGAAGGAGAAUACGUGAUUUGCGCCAUGGCGCCUUGUAAAUACAGGUUACACUAAAGACACCAGAGAAUAGGGAACCUCGAUCCGAAUCUUCCCGGAAGCGCCAAUCGAGCAGGACGCAUCAGUGGAUGGCGUCGCGGCGCCAGGAAGGGACGGGUAGAGCGACUGGGCCCAGUGAAUGAGUGUGCGACUGGGCCCAUGCAAAGACAACUACACAUCACACACGAAUACACUAUUUUUCUACCAUUUGUAACAAUUACCUACCUUACUUGUAACACCGCAAACUUUUGUAUUUGUAUAAAGGCUUUUUUUUGUAGAAAAAAAUAAAAAAAAAAGAACGUCGCCACCGUUAAAA